UUGAGCUUACUUUUAGCUUUUUCUGGCAAGACUAGAAACAUGUCYGAGACCGCUCCCGUGGCUCCCGCAGCACCCGCACCUGCGGAGAAGACACCUGUGAAGAAGAAGGCAAAAAAGGCUGGCGCCGCUGCUGGGAAGCGCAAGGCGUCCGGGCCCCCGGUGUCCGAGCUCAUCACCAAGGCCGUCGCCGCCUCCAAGGAGCGCAGCGGCGUGUCCCUGGCCGCGCUCAAGAAGGCGCUGGCGGCCGCCGGCUACGACGUGGAGAAGAACAACAGCCGCAUCAAGCUGGGCCUCAAGASCCUGGUGAGCAAGGGCACCCUGGUGCAGACCAAGGGCACCGGCGCCUCCGGCUCCUUCAAGCUCAACAAGAAGGCGGCCUCCGGGGAGGCGAAACCUAAAGCGAAAAAGGCGGGAGCCGCCAAGGCUAAGAAGCCCGCCGGCGCGGCCAAGAAGCCCAAGAAGGCGACGAGCGCCGCCACCCCCAAGAAGUCAGCCAAGAAGACCCCAAAGAAGGCGAAGAAGCCCACCGCUCCUGCAGGGGCCAAGAAGGUGGCCAAGAGCCCCAAAAAGGUGAAAGCGCCGAAGCCAAAGAAGGCUGCGAAGAGCCCGUCUAAGGCCAAGGCCCCAAAGCCCAAGGCAGCUAAACCUAAGGCGGCCAAGCCCAAGGUUUCCAAGGCCAAGAAGGCGGCCCCCAGGAAGAAGUAAGAUUGGAGCGGGACGUCCUGCUUUUAAAAUCUCAACGGCUCUUUUCAGAGCCACCCAAAGAUCUCACUAAAAAGAGCUGACCUGGUCUGAACAGCURAGAACGUGUUCUUAGUUUUGUCCCUAACAUUUUAAAGUUUGGAAUUUGAACUCCCGCCUUGACAUGUGAUUGGCCAUUUUAACGCGCAUGGCUCCGCCGCAGCGCGCAUGGUUAGACUUACUAAAGCAGCCCAAUCCUGUGCAGCCGGUUGGCCUAAGGAGGGCUUUUGUGUUGCGUUUUGUACUUGGUGGCCUAUGCUUUUGGCUGACUCGAUGAGAUAUUUUCUAAGAGGUACCAGAGUCAGAUUACCAAGCACUGCUGGCAAGUGGUAGUGUGUGGUUCCCGCCAUAAAGCARGUGUAAUCCGGGCUCGAGGAAUGCUAGCCUUGGGCUGUUUUUUGUUUUCCCCCACCCAGAAUUAUUACAAAAGCAACUGUCAAAUGACAAUGGGGGGAAAAAGUAGUCUGGCAGUUUCGUUGAAGUUGGUUUCCUUUUUGUCUGCUGGGCUGUUUAGAUUYAUCCAAUCAGGACGUGCCUUUUGGCAUUCCUGGGCGUGCAAUUGGAAGUGCACCAAUGAAAUCUAGAAUUUACUUCAUGUUAUCUAGGGGUCUGUGGGAGAUCAGGUUUGUUAGAGGAAAAUGAUUCCUUAUUGUUGUCAUUCUAUCAUAGCAUUAAUUAGUGCAGCCAUCAUGCCAAAGUUUAGUGUAAAUAGUAAAGAGCAUAUUUCGCAGUUUAGAGUCUACUUUUGCUUUUCUCACUGUUGAGAAUCUAGGAAGCCAGUGUUGGUUUAUUCAGUUAGUAAACACGGAAUGGGGGAGCAACACAACAAAAAGGUUUGAGAAGGCGGAAAUGCUACUGUGUUCUUCACACAUCAAGGUUUUUGUUUUUUUUUUUUAAAGCCUGUAGGAAGAUGAGUUGACUUGGAUGGUCCAUUUCUAUAUUAUUUCUGUGCUUUCAGACUUUCAUUAUUUUUGGAAAAUUCACGUUCAUUGCCAGAAUCUAUAGAUGUUUUUGUCUUCUAUUAGGAAGCCGCUACAUUUUUAUUUUUACUAACCCUCAGUGCAUUUUAACAAUUCCUUCAAUUAUGAGUAUACACAGACAUAUAUGGUACAUAUGGAUCUCGAAGUACCUGUGACAUUUUCAUCAUUGUUAAUAGCAAAUACUUUCAUGUCACUUUGCAGGUAUAGUAGGUACUGGUUUGCACUCAUUUUGACUCCUUCACACUGACAUUCAGUAUUAUGCCUGAAACUGAAUCGUAUAAUUUGAUGUUAUUAGACAUUAAAAAAUUCUUGGAGGAUAUUUUAAAGUCAG